GCAAUGGGCACCAUGGGUGAGGGUCUCGAGAGCCACAGCCACGUCGCCAGCCACCUGCGCAGCGCACCGGUCUGGGCAGAGAGCGCGGCCAAGCUCGUGAGCACCGACGUUCGGAACCUGGCGGCGCAGCUGAGAGAGACGGUCGCCGUCUCGGCGUGGUCGGCCGAGGAGGAUGGCGUCUCCGUCUUCGACGCGCUCGCCGCGGCGGCGCUGCACCUCGACGAGUGGGGACGCUCGCGCGCGCCCAUCGUGCACUGGGGCUCGUCGCUCUGCCUCUCGGGCCUCGGCGUCGCGCCCGCCGGCGCGCCGCCGCCGCUCAAGGAGUGCCUGGCGCCGCUGACGCGCGACGUCACGAAGCUGCUCGGCCGGUGCCUUGUCAAGUCACCGUGGCGCGUGUGCCGGCUGGCCCUCCGGUACGUCGCCUUCGUGUGGACUCGUGCGCUGAGCUCGGCGGUGAGGCAGCCGGAGGAGUGGGCGAGGCGCCGUGGCCACCUCCUCGCAAGCCUCCUAGAGGAGGUCAACGGCCUUCUCAGCGGCGGCGAGCAGGCGGAGGAGGACCCGCUCGCUGCGCUUGGCGCCGAGAUGGGCUCCUGCGUGAGGCGGGCGGCGUCGGCGCUCAACGGCGCCGCUGUCGCCGCCUACGAGCUCUCGACUUGCCUGAGCAACGGCGGAAUUCUGUGAGCUGUGAGCUGCGAGCGUCGGCGGCCGGCAGAUUUUAUGUGAUGUAUCUUGGAGGCACGUAUGUUA